AGAAAAUAAAAUGUUGUUCCUCCUCUGGAUAUUGCUGGUGCUUCCUUUUUCGGCUUGGGUAGUUCGAAAACUCUCGCAAGUUGUGAGGCAUCCAAUUUUCACGAGGAAAAAUCUGACAAAUAAUCGACCAAUCGUUCUAGAUCGAAGAAAACGUAACGAAAUAUUGGCCAAUUCAUUUUCUCCGCAAAAAGUUGAGGGACAGCAAUUUGAUGCUAUAAUAAUCGGAAGUGGUCCUUCUGGAAUGUCGACCGGAUCUUAUUUGGCGAAAGGUGGAAAAAAGGUGCUCGUUUUAGAACAACAUGACACAGCUGGAGGGUCAUGUCACACUUUUUUAGACAAAGGCUACGAAUUUGACGCUGGUCAUCAUUAUUCUCCCUACAUGGAUCCGAAAAUACCGACCAGUGUGUUCAUUCACGCGGCAGUAGGCGGAAAUAUCGAUUUCAUUCAGCUGAUGGGAUACAGAAAGGAGAACCAAAUCACCACCAGCGAGGCUUUCAAAAGCAUCACGGAAAGAAGUCCGGACAUGAGUGUGGUUCUUCAGUUUCUGACGACGGAUCUCACCCCUGGAAAUCUCUGGUCAUAUCCACUCUGGGCUUUUGCAACAGCAAUUAUGAAAGGAGGAAGCGCAUACCCAAAAGGUGGAUCCUCCGAAUAUCCGUUCCAAAUGGGCUGUGAAAUAGUUGAACGAGGAGGGACAGUACUCGUUAAUGCGAAUGUGGAAAAAAUAAUUAUGAAUUCCUCCAAUACAAAGGCCUGUGGAGUGAUCGUGAAGAAAGGCAACAAACGAACCAGUAUUUUUGCACCUAUCAUUGUUUCAUCUGCAGGGUUGGCAGUGACAAUAAAUGACUUGCUUCCUUCAAAUAUUCCAAAAAAUUCACCGUGGUUCGAGGAAAUGAACAAACAUUUGAAAUUUCCGGGUCAUUCGUAUUUUCACGCCUUCGUGGGUCUUCGCGGUACAGUAGAAGAACUUGGUUUGAUCACCCACCCAUUGAGAAGUUUUGCGACGAACGAGCCCAUGAUGGAAAGAUGUGAGGAAAUGUCUUUCGAAGAAGCAAUGGAAGCUGAGAUCCCGAUGAUGAUGUUCCUGGGCUGCAGUGGUGCUGAUCCAACGAGCAGCUUAAGGAAUCCCGGGAAAUGUGUCGUUCAAUUGCUGAUGUGCGCAAGCAGCAAGUGGUUUUCUCAAUGGGAAGGAGGGAAACCAAUGCAUCGCGAUGAUGAAUAUGAAGCUCGGAAAAAUGCAUACGGUCAUAAAGCAAUUGAAACAAUGUACAGACUGUAUCCACAAUUGGAGGGUCGAAUUGAUUAUCUGAGCUUCGCAACGGAAGUAACUGUUCACCACUACUUGAACAGAAAAUCAGGAGGAUACUCAAAACUUGCACUCACCCCUUACAAGAUGUCUUUAGAAGCAUCAUUAAACUUGAGACCUGACACACCAAUCGAAGGGUUGUUCCUGACCGGCGAAGAUACAUUCAUAGUAGCAGUCAUAACAGCCAUCUUAUCUGGGACUAUAACGGCUUCGAGAAUUCUCAAUAGGAAUUUGAUUUUAGAAGGAUUGGUUUGGCAUUUUUAUGAUAAAUUACGGAGGCGCAUAUUCGGAGAUUACUCGUCACAGUUACCGAAUAAGGGCGAACCUCAUUCGUAACACGUUUUUUACGCAGGAAAUCUAAUGAUGAAUUCACGAAUGGUGAUGGAACGAUUUAUUAUGUGGUGUACAUUCAGCCCAAUUUGCGAAAGGCUUAGUUUUCUACGUGAUUCGGAAUGGUACCUCAAUUCCUCGAGAUCAUGCAAUGUUAUUUCAGGGGUAUCGCAAUUUGUUUUUUAUUAUUUUUCUAGCAUAGCUGUUAGUCUGUUAUUAUGAAGUCACGCGUGUCUCAUGAAGGGUGGAAAAGGGUCGAUUUAGCUUCGAGAAUUGAUACGCUGAUUCGAGGCUGUUAAAAUAUUCAUCAGUCGAGGGAAUUCUAUUGAUUGAAGUCCACGGUGAACAUCAAACGAGUUGAAUGACUAACUCAGGAAAUACGAUCAACUUUACUGGAAAAUCAAAUUGGUUUGAGGAUGACUCAGUUAUUGACUGAUUCGUGAAGCAAACGAAGUACAAAAAACACUAGCCUUUGUAUUGAAAUGAGGUACGAUAAAAUGUAUUCAAGAAAGUUAUCAUCAGGGGAAAUGAGCCAAUUUUCCGAAACUACCUAAUUGAUUUCACAAGGCUCUGUUAUUCAGAUUCCUUGCUUCAGUGAUCGGCAUAAAAUUGCAGGAUGAUUUAUUCUUCAAAUGACUGCAAGAGGAAGAUUCAGAAUGAAGUAUACAUAUUUUAAUUCAAACCAUCAGUUUCAUGUUCCAAUGCAUGAUUUCCAAAUUAUUUUUCCUUACAUUUGGAACUUGCUUGUUUUACAGGAUAUUUUCAAUUAAGCUUAUGUCUUAUGUGCGAAGGCAAAAGAACAGCUGAGCUUUCGAAUUCAAGUGUACAAUUGAAGGAGGGCUGAAUUCCACGGCCUUGUCUUUCUGGUGUUAUAAAGUGAGAUGAUUCAAUAAAAUGCAGUUCUCAUCUUAUUCCAAUUCAUGUCUCUAUUUAAAAAAAAAGUCAUUUAGUGACUGACAAAGAUUAUUG